AUGGAACCAGAAUCUAGCGAUUUUGAACAAGGACACGUUUUAAACGGACUAAAAUCAGCUUCCGAAGUUCUUGAUGACUACCUUGAUUCAAUUUACAACUUAAGCUCAGAAGUAGUCGCGAAUCUGGAAGAGUUGCGACAUUUGGAUGAACAAUGCGAAAAGCUAAGUGCGAUUUGCAAAGAAUGCCAAGAGAAAUAUUUUGCUUGCAUAGAUUCUGACCAGAAAGACGAAGACGGUAAAAGUUCUAGUUAUUGGAAAAAUAUGGCAGAGAAAUAUUUUGAAGAAGCACUGCAGAAGCAGGAUGAAAAAAUUGCCAUUGCGGAUAAUUUCUAUAACCUGCUUACUAGGCACUUUGAGAGGUUAGACGAAGAAUUGGCUCGUAACAAUAUACAUAUAGAUGAAGUUCUAGAAAAUGAAUUCGAGCCACACGAACCUGUAUACUGCGUUUGCAAACGACCCGAAUUCGGCCAUAUGGUUCAGUGUGAUCAUCCUAAAUGCGAAACUGGGUGGUAUCACUGGGAAUGUGUUGGUCUUUCACAACAACCAUCGGGUCAGUGGUUUUGUCCGGAUUGCGAGUUUAUCCAAGCUGUUGAACCCAAUCCUAUAGAGAGUAUUAUGCACGCCAUCGAAAACUUUGCUAUGUACUCAUAUCCAGGACAACCAAUCGAUGAUUUUCCACUUAAUAAUACACCGUUCAACUGGUAG